AUGGUGGAGAACAAACCCGAUGAGAAUAAACAGAGGGGAGUGAUUAUAAAUCUUUCGAGCAUGAUGGCGUACGAUCCUCCAGCCGGUAUGGUUGCUUAUGGCGCUUCGAAAGCCGCCGUUUCUGGAAUGACGAUGCCCUUGGCCAGAGGAUUGGCGAUGAAAGGGAUACGCGUUAUCACCAUAUGCCCCGGUUACAUAGACAGUCCCAUGACAGGUAAUAAUAAAAAGCCACCCGAAAGAGCGAAAUGGAUAAGAAUGAAGUUAUCACCGAAACGUUAUGGAACUUGCGAGGAAGUUGCCCAUUUAAUCCAAGCUUGUAUCGAAAAUCCAUUAAUAAACGGCGAGAAUAUACGCAUAGAUAUGGGCUUCAGACACAACCAGAUAGAAGAUUCGGAACCAUCAUUCGCUUGUUAA